AUGUUAUUUAAAAAUUUGAAUACUAAUGCUUUAAAUAUGAUCAAUCAUUAGCAAGGUAGUGAUAAAAGCCAAAACAUUAGCACAAAGGAUAAAUGGGAAAGGGACAUUCUAUAAGAAAAAUUAAGUAAUCUUGAGAAAAAGCUAUUAGAAACUUAAGAUGAAAGAAAUAUCUUAAAAGAAAAGUUUGAAAAGCAACAAAGCUGCUCUAUCAUUAGAUGCAAAUAUUAUGAUUACCUCUUAUACGAAUAGAUUUUGCAAAAGUAAAUUACCCACUAGAAAAAUCUUAUCUUGUUUGGCUAGCAACAAGAAUAAAAAAGAAGUAUUUUAGAUCUAGACUUUUAUCCUAUCAUGUUUAGCUCAAACUAAUAAUCUAUUGGAGAUUAAAAAUAUAAUAACAUUAUUUCUAUUUUAUCUCUGCAAAGCGAGUUUUGUGUUUAAGAGAUUAGAUUAUUCUUUUACUAAAUAUUGAGCAGUAUCAGGAGACACUUAAAGUAAUUCAAAAGAGAGGCAUCAACUUAGACUGAGAUAAUUGUUACAGUUUAAAAGAAUGAAAACUAAUUGAAUUCAAAAUAUUUAAGUAAAAACCCAAAUAAAUUAGAAUACUUUAGAUAAGUUUCGCCAUACCAUAGUGAUAACAGCCAAAAUUUAUUUUUAGUAUAUUAUUUUAUGGGUUAAAAACAUACUUAUGAAAUUAAGGAUUUGGAAAUGAGUGUAGAAGAAUUUUUAGAGGAUAUCUUUUAGCAAAAAGCUCAGUUGUACGAAAUAUUCUUGAUAAAAAAUAUAAAUCUCUAACAAACUAAAAUAGAUAUUUCAGAACAUAUGUUUUUAAUAGAAUUAUAAUAAAUGCAAAAUGCUCACAAUAUUUAUGUAUUACCAAAGACUUAUUAAAAAUCAAAAGUUAUUGAUAGUCAAUAAUAAAUCACUAAAAAAAAAGACUAAUAAAUUUAAAGCACUGAUUUUGAUGAGAUUGAUGACUAAUAAUUUCACUAAUUUUAAGAAAAAGAAUAAAAAAUUUCAAAACAAGUAGAUUUUACUAAUUUAAUUGAUGAAUUUGAGGAAACAAAAGAAUAAUAUCAAUUUGAAAAUUAAGAAUAAAUGGAAAUAAUUUAUGAAAUUAAUCAUAAAAAUGAAAAAUAAGAAUUAGCAAGCUAGAUAUAAACACAAAAAUUAAAUGAAGAAAAAUCAAAGUCUGAGUCAAUAAAAUAAUAAAUUGAAGAUGUGAAUCUCAGUUAAUAAAAUAAAUAAGAUUAAAUAUUUGAUCUUUCUAAUUAAAAUGAAGAAAAAAUCUAAGAAAAAGGUCAUACCUAAAUUACAUAAAAUAAUACAGAAAUAUCUAAUGUUGUUGAAUAAUAGCAAUCCAAAUCUACUGAAUCAACAGACCACUAAAAAAAAGAUUCCUCCUUGCAAUAAGACUUAAUAUCUAGUCCUACUCAAUAAAAUUAAGAAAUAACUAAUUAAAGAACCAUUGAUUAGUAAUCUAAAAAGAGUGAGUCUAUUAUUUCUUUAUUUUAAACUCACACAGACAAAAAUGCUAAUGAAUCUUAGCCUGAUAAUGAAAAGUUAUAGUCCAUCACCAGUUUUGAAGUUUUGUAAUCUGAGCAAAAGUCUGAAAAUAAAUAGGAUGAAUAGAUAGCAAAAGACUAAAAUGAUGAGACCAAUAAAGAAAAGUAAUAAUGA